UUAUCUUCUGCUUUGUUGUGUGGUGUUAAUGGUAAAACAAACCAUGGGGAACAUGAACCAUGUGCAUGCGUUUUUCUUCCAUUUCCCAAAAUGACCUUGCAUCUCCACCUUUAUUCCCAUACAAGCCACACAAUUCAACCCUCUCCCCCUUCUUCUUCUUGCCGACUUGCCCUUUUGUUUCUUGUAGUGCAAGUGCCACUUAGAAGAGCUCAGAAGGAACACCCACCUAAUUCCUCCCUUUUUUUCUUUUUUUAACAUUAAUUUUUUUCUUUGGGUAUUAAGAAGCUUUCUGACACUCCUACUUUCCUUUGUGUUCCUGUCUCUCCUUUGCUUUGUUUGAAAGGUUAGAGAAAGAGACGGAAAAUGGGUGUAGGAACAAGCACCUUUGUCAUCAGAUGGAUCAACUUUCUCACUGUGCUUCUAUCAAUUGCUGUGGUAGUAUUUGGGGUGUGGCUGAGCACCCAUCACGACGGCUGUCGAAAGUCCCUUACUCUCCCUGUCUUAGGACUCGGUGGCAUCAUCUUUCUAAUAUCUAUAAUCGGGUUCUUAGGCGCUUUAAAGAACAGCGCUAUACUGUUAUGGGUUUAUCUGAUCAUGUUGUGCUUCGUAUUGGUGGGAAUUCUGGUAUUCACGGUAUUGGCGUUCAUUGUAACAAAUAAUGGUUCUGGUCAUAACGUUCCUGGUCUAAGGUAUAAGGAGUAUGAACUUAAAGAUUACAGUUCAUGGUUCCUAAAACAGCUGAACAAUACACGUAACUGGAAGCACUUGAAGACUUGUCUAGUGAAAUCUGAUGACUGCAAUAAUCUGUCAAAAAAAUAUAAGACUCUCAAGCAAUACAAAUCGGCAAAACUGACCCCAAUUGAGGCUGGUUGCUGUCGGCCACCAUCUGAAUGUGGUUAUCCUGCUGUGAACGCUUCAUACUAUGACUUGAGCUUUCACCCAAUCAGUUCCAACGAGGACUGCAAGCUCUACAAAAAUUCUCGCACAGUCAAGUGCUAUAAUUGUGAUUCCUGCAAGGCUGGAGUAGCACAAUACAUGAAAACUGAGUGGAGGGUGGUUGCUAUCUUCAAUGUCGUCCUAUUCCUUAUCUUGUCGAUGAUAUAUUUUGUGGGAUGCUGUGCGAGGCGAAAUGCUGCAGCAAGAAGCCAAUCCAAAGCAUGAAAAGUAGUGUUAUAUAUAUAUAUAUAUAUAUAAAUAUCAAUUUUCUGAUGUAAAAUUGAACUGUAUUGUUCCUGAAGAUGAAAAUGCGAGGCUGGGGAGAAAGAUGAGCAACUGUUGUUGUUGUGCAAUGUAUUGAAGAGAAUUGUGUAAAAAUGUUCUGAUGAUGCUAUGCAAACAAAAUAUUAUUGUUUAAUUUAUAUAAAUUCAAGUAUAUUAUUUA